AUGGCCACGCAUGCCAUGAUCAUAAGCCUCGCCUUCCUCAAGGACGGCCAGCGCGCUGUGCGAGCUCAAGGCCAACAACGUUUCCAAUCAGAGAUUUUUCAUAUUGCUCCUCAAAAAGGUGGCACCCUCGCCUUCACCAUAUUUAACAUGGGCAGCAAAUAUGGCACCAUAAUCAUGGGCCCCGCCGGCGCUGGCAAAACCACCUUCUGCUCCGCCCUGAUCCAACACCUCCGCGCCUCGCGCCGCUCCUGCUUCUACAUCAACCUCGACCCGGCGGCGGAAGACUUCGUCUACGAGCCCGACGUCGACAUAAAAGACCUCAUCUCCCUCUCCGACGUCAUGGAAGAGCUCCACUUGGGCCCAAAUGGAGGUUUAAUCUACUGCUUCGAGUUCCUGCUCGAGAAUUUGGAUUUCUUGACCGAUCCGCUGGAGACGGUGACGGAUGAGUACAUGAUCGUGAUUGAUAUGCCGGGGCAGAUUGAGCUGUACACGCACGUGCCGAUCGUGCCGCAGCUGGUCAAGCACUUGGGACACGGGAGUUUGAACAUCAGUCUUUGCGCCGCCUACUUGCUGGAGAGCACGUUUAUUGGCGACAAAGCGAAAUUCUUCGCCGGGACGCUGAGUGCGAUGAGCGCGAUGUUGAUGAUGGAGAUUCCGCAUGUGAAUAUCUUGAGCAAGAUGGAUUUGGUGAAGGGGCAGGUUGCGCGGAGGGAUUUGAAGAAGUUUGUCGAUCCGGACAUGAGUUUGUUGCAGGAUGGGCCGGAGAGUGGGUUGGUGUAUGAGUACAAAGAGGGGGUGGAUAAUGGGGAGCCGGACCCGGCGGAGGCUGAGAGUGUGAUGUCUGGGGAGUCGUUCGCGAAGUUGAACCGGGCGGUUGGGCAGUUGAUCGACGACUUCAGUCUUGUUUCCUUCCUGAAGCUAGACGUGCAGGACGAGGAUAGUGUGGGUGCGGUGCUCAGCUACAUCGACGACGCGAUACAGUUCCACGAGGCGCAGGAGCCGAGGGAGCCGAUGGAGGUUGAGGAGAUGGAUGGGGACUAA